AGCGGGCGGGGGCGGAGCGGGAGGCGGAGGAGGCGGCGCGGGAGGCGGCGAGGGCGGAGGAGGCGGCCAGGCUGGGCAAGGGCAGGAGGGAGAGGAAGAAGAUCUCCUACCGCGAUGCGGGCGGCGAGGAGGGCGAGGAGGACAGCGACCGCUCCCGCUCGCACCCGCCCUCGGACGACUCGGAGGCCGAGCUGGAGGAGGAGGAGGAGGACGAGGAGGAGGCGCUGCAGGGCCCUGCUGGCGCUGGGGCGGCAAACGCAGCAGGAGGAGGAGGAGGCAUGCACAAGCGACAUCGCCCCUCUACACCAGCAGCAGCAGCAGCAGCAGG